AUGGCUUCAUCUUCUUCUGUGCUUCAUUGUCAUAAUAAUUAUAUAAAGAAGAUGGCGGUGGUGAUUGAUAACCACAGCAUUCUUCGCGGUGUCUGUGCGGAGGCAUCAAAAUGGAGCCUCCCCUCUGGUGAUGACGUCAUCAUUGUUGGUGCUGGUGUGGCUGGUGCUGCCUUGGCUUAUACUCUUGGCAAGGAUGGAAGGCGUGUUCAUGUGAUAGAAAGAGAUUUGAAAGAGCCAGACAGAAUUGUUGGUGAACUGCUCCAACCUGGAGGAUAUCUAAAAUUAAUUGAAUUAGGCCUUGAAGCAUGUAAAGCAUUCUCUCCGAAUGCAGAUUGUGUGGAGGAAAUUGAUGCUCAGCGAGUGCUUGGAUAUGCUCUCUUCAAGGAUGGGAAGAGUACUAGAUUGUCAUACCCUUUGGAAAAAUUCCAUGACGAUGUUUCUGGAAGAAGCUUCCAUAAUGGACGCUUCAUUCAGAGGAUGAGAGAAAAGGCCACCACCCUUCCCAAUGUAAGACUAGAACAAGGAACAGUCACAUCCCUGCUUGAAGAAAAUGGGACUAUUAAGGGGGUUCAAUACAAAACUAAGGAUGGUCAAGAACUUAGGGCUUAUGCCCCUCUUACAGUUGUGUGUGAUGGCUGCUUCUCAAAUCUGCGCCGUUCUCUAUGCAACCCUAAGGUUGAUGUGCCUUCUUGUUUUGUGGGUUUGAUCCUGGAGAACUGUCAACUUCCGUUUCAAAAUCAUGGGCAUGUUAUUCUAGCUGAUCCAUCACCAAUUUUGUUUUAUCCAAUUAGCAGCACAGAGAUUCGCUGUUUGGUUGAUGUACCUGGUCAAAAAGUGCCUUCCAUUGCUAAUGGUGAAAUGGCCAAUUAUUUAAAGAGCAUGGUUGCACCACAGGUUCCAUCUGAGCUUCGUGAUGCCUUCAUAUCUGCUAUAGAUAAAGGUAAUAUCAGGACCAUGCCAAAUAGAAGCAUGCCAGCUGAACCGCAUCCUACUCCUGGAGCACUUUUGAUGGGUGAUGCUUUCAACAUGCGUCAUCCAUUAACUGGUGGUGGGAUGACUGUGGCAUUGUCUGAUAUUCUUGUACUUCGUGACCUUCUAAAACCACUUCGUGACCUUAAUGAUGCAGCUUCAUUGACCAACUAUCUUGAAUCCUUUUACACCUUGCGCAAGCCAGUUGCAUCUACGAUAAAUACUCUAGCUGGUGCUUUGUAUAAAGUUUUCUCUGCUUCCCCUGAUGAGGCAAGGAAGGAAAUGCGCCAAGCAUGUUUUGACUAUUUAAGCCUUGGGGGUAAUUUCUCGGCAGGACCUGUGUCAUUACUGUCUGGUCUAAACCCUCGUCCACUGAGUUUGGUCCUUCAUUUCUUUGCGGUUGCCAUAUAUGGUGUUGGUCGUCUGCUACUUCCAUUCCCAUCACCUAAAGGCAUGUGGAUUGGAGCGAGGUUAAUUUCGAGUGCAUCUGGCAUUAUUUUCCCAAUUAUCAAAGCGGAGGGAGUGAGGCAAAUGUUCUUCCCUGCCACUGUUCCUGCUACGUAUAGAGCUCCUCCUGUUAACUGA